AUGGCGGCACCACACAGAGGAACCUCGCCUCACUCACCUGGUGAAUCAUCUCAUUCACCCCAGGCGAGCGAGAGCAGCCUGUACGGUCCCCACGUCAGCGAAGCUCCGGCUCAGCCCCAGGCCUACGGUUACGAGGAGAAGAACGACCAUGCGGAUAGCCAACAGUCCUUGCUCUACCGCAACCAACCCAGCCCAUUCAACGCCCCCUUUGAUGAUCCCUAUGCCUCGACCGAUUCUUUGCGCCGCUACACAUUGCACGAUCCUGGAGUCACCAUCUUCCCCGAUGGCCCUUACCAGGAGUCAGCGGGAGGACUGAACCGUCGCUCUGGCGUCCACUCGCCCAUGUCAGAGACCCCCUCCGAAGCCUGGCAGAACCGACAGGCGCCUGGAUCUGGUCUCCGACGUUACGCCACACGAAAGAUCAAGCUGGUCCAAGGCUCUGUGCUGAGUGUCGAUUACCCCGUCCCCAGCGCAAUUCAAAACGCCAUCCAGAAGGAAUAUCGAGAGUCGGAAGAAGGUUUUCCGGAAGAAUUUACUCACCUGCGCUAUACCGCCGCCACUUGCGACCCCGACGAGUUCACUUUGCGCAACGGCUACAAUUUGCGACCGGCUAUGUACAACCGACACACCGAGCUUUUGAUUGCCAUCACCUAUUACAACGAAGAUAAGGUUUUGACGGCGCGGACGCUGCACGGUGUCAUGCAAAAUAUUCGGGACAUUGUGAAUUUGAAGAAGUCUGAAUUCUGGAACAAGGGAGGACCGGCCUGGCAGAAGAUCGUCUGCUGUCUGGUUUUCGAUGGUAUCGAUCCAUGCGACAAGAACACACUUGAUCUGCUGGCCACCAUUGGUAUCUACCAGGAUGGCAUCAUGAAGCGCUCUGUCGAUGGUCGCGAAACCGUCUCCCACAUUUUCGAAUAUACCACCCAGCUCUCCGUCACCUCGAACCAGCAAUUGAUUCGGCCCCAGGGUAACGAAUCGAGCAACCUACCCCCGGUCCAGAUGAUUUUCUGCCUCAAGCAAAAGAACAGCAAGAAGAUCAACUCCCACCGCUGGCUUUUCAACGGUUUCAGUCGAAUCCUCAAUCCCGAAGUCGUGAUUUUGAUUGAUGCUGGCACUAAGCCCGGGAAAAAAUCGCUCCUUGCAUUGUGGGAAUCCUUCUACAAUGACAAGAACCUGGGUGGAUCUUGUGGCGAGAUUCAUGCCAUGUUAGGAAAAGGCUGGAAGAAUUUGAUGAAUCCGCUCGUCGCUGCUCAGAAUUUCGAAUACAAGAUUUCCAAUAUCUUGGACAAACCCCUCGAGAGUGCGUUUGGAUAUGUCAGUGUGUUGCCCGGUGCCUUCUCCGCCUACCGCUAUCGAGCUAUUAUGGGACGCCCUCUCGAGCAGUACUUCCAUGGAGAUCAUACACUCUCCAAACAGCUUGGUAAGAAGGGUAUCGAAGGUAUGAAUAUCUUCAAGAAGAACAUGUUCCUUGCGGAAGAUCGUAUUCUGUGCUUCGAACUUGUGGCCAAAGCUGGAUUCAAAUGGCAUUUGACCUACGUCAAGGCGUCCAAGGGUGAAACCGAUGUACCAGAAGGUGCAGCUGAAUUCAUCAGUCAGCGACGUCGAUGGUUGAACGGAUCCUUCGCUGCCAGUCUGUAUGCGAUGAUGCACUUUGGACGUAUCUACAAAAGUGGGCACAACAUUUUGCGUCUUCUCUGCUUGCAUAUCCAAAUGACCUACAAUUUUGCUGGUCUUGUUAUGACCUGGUUCUCUCUCGCUUCUUUCUGGCUCACCACUACGGUUAUCAUGGAUCUCGUGGGAACUCCCAGCAGCGCCAACAAGAAUAAGGGAUGGCCAUUCGGUGACGAGGCUACCCCGAUCGUGAACAACUUCUUGAAAUAUGGCUAUGUGUUCUUCUUGAUGCUUCAGUUUAUUCUGGCGCUAGGAAACCGACCCAAAGGAUCACGUUUGGCAUACACGCUUUCGUUCAUCUAUUUCAGUAUCGUUCAAACCUACAUCAUGGUCUUGUCCUUCUACUUGGUCAAGAACGCCUUCACGGGAGGAACACUCGAUUUCUCUCUUGACGAUGGUGUUGGUGCCUUCUUGAAGUCCUUCUUCAGUUCUUCUGGAGCUGGUAUUGUCUUGAUUGCCUUGGUUUCCACUUACGGUAUCUACUUCCUCGCUAGUUUCAUGUACAUGGAUCCAUGGCACAUGUUUACGUCCUCGUGGGCCUACUUUGCUGGCAUGACCUGCUCAAUCAACAUUUUGAUGGUCUACGCCUUCUGCAACUGGCACGAUGUUUCCUGGGGUACCAAGGGCUCUGACAAAGGUGACUCGUUGCCUACCGCAGAGACGAAGAAGGAUGACGCCAAGUCAAACUUCAUUGAGGAAGUCGACAAGCCACAGGCUGAUAUUGACAGCCAAUUUGAAUCGACUGUCAAGCGGGCCCUGGAGCCCUACGUCGAGCCCGAGGAGCAAGACGAACGGAGCAUGGAUGACGGUUAUAAGGCUUUCCGAACCAACCUAGUGUUGAUCUGGAUCUUCAGUAACUUGAUUCUUGUUUUGUGUAUCACUAGCGAAGGAAUCACUCGCUUCUGUCUCACGAACACUUCGACGGUCCGCACCUCCAAAUACUUCGCUGCCAUUCUGUGGACGACCGCCGGUCUGUCGAUUUUCCGCUUUAUUGGAUCAUGCUACUUCCUUGCCAAGUCUGGCAUCUUGUGCUGUGUCUCUCGGCGCUAG